AUGCCAGCGACUGGACUUGCAAUAAAAGACGGAUCGGCAGAGCCAAUAAAAGUAAAAAGCAAAGUUCUCAGAAGCGUUCCGGCUUUUAGACGGUUUGUAGCAUUCGGAUGCAACUCGACUCAAAUUCACAAGAAAACCCUGCCCAAGCCAUACGUAAUAGCGUUCCCUCCAAGAUUAAGCUUGAAUGGUGCCAUCUUAUCUCGCGAGCACAAAUUGCUUCGAAGGACCCCACACUCUACAAAAUUCAAACAGAUUGGGCUCAGUUCGAGGCUUACUCUCGCACAGGCCGAGAUCCUGAGACGUGUUUUCAAUAAAAGCACAUCUAUUCAACAACAGUCUCUUUGGAGGCUGGGCCCCGAUACUACAUCCGUCCCAGAAGCCCCCGAAGAAGCGACCGAAAAAGUCGUCCGACUCAUCUUCCGGCUCGACCCAAGGGAAGGACGACCUUGCUGCCAUCGUCUCAAAUCUCGAAAAAACAAUCCCAAUGAAAAGCUUGAGGCUAUCCUGAAAAGCACCGUCCAUCAUCGCAUACAGGAAGUCCCACCACAGUUCGCCGCUGCUGUGAACAUCAUUCUUGCCAUAGAACGAUCCGACCAGAUCAUCGAGGUCAAACAGCUAUCGAAGCGAGUUUCCUACAACGCAUUGGCUAAGCCACAUCCGAAGGGAAAAUCCGUCGACGAGAUCGUGGAGCAAGUUUUUGAAAAUGAUAAAGAUAUUAAGCGAAAGGUAUACCAUUACCUCAGGCUUGGAAACAAGUGGUGGACGAUUGUCGAAUCGGUUAGGUCAAUUCUCAGCGAUAUUUUGUCGACGAAAUUAUCAGAAACCCAGGUUACCGGCAUUUUCUGCGUGCUCAGGGCUCUAUCCGUCUGGGAGCGAGCAUCCCCAGAAGCCUGCUCCGCUGCCCUCUCCGCUCUUGCAAAGAAAGAUAUAUAUCAACGUAUUAAGGCAUUCAGCCCUUAUGUUAAUUCCGCACUGCGCCAUAUAUCAGGCACGCACACAUUCAUCCACCACUCGUACGACAGCAACGGGAUGGUCAAGUUAGUCCCCAUGGGUCGCCGUCUUCAUACUGCCUCCAGCACAGACUCUCACUGGAGAGCAUCAUCCACUGCAGCAGUGUCUGCAGCGCUUCCUGAAUUAAGGGGAGACCGUUCAGAAGUGGCAGGACUUUUAAUGGUGCUUUUGUGUUUCCUCGCGAGAUCAGAGGUUCCUCUGCAGCUUUGCGUCCGUGGAGCUUCACCUCGAAAACGCUGGGGUGAUCAGGGUGAGAUUAAGGAGACGGGCCCACUUGACACCGGUCUUGUUCCUGAACUGGUCCACACGUUUUCGAAUUACACGGAUCUCAACAACGCAUUAUGCGAGCUUCAGUCGUUCUCGGCCAUCUCAAAGAAGCCCGAUAAUACUUGCCUACUAGAUCCAUGCGUUUUAAAUCGCGUUUUGUGCAGCCUAUCUCCCGAGUUUCACCCUUUUUGGAGGCUACAAGCUUUGAUCAUCGCGUUUCGCUCGGUUUCAUGGAAAUAUCUUGAGCCUGGGCCCUUGGAUAUGAAGCUCUUCAUACCACACCUACGGCAUACUGUGCGUGAGGUUCGAAAUCACGACGGCUUCCAAGACUUGGCAAAAAAUAUGAGGACCGAUCUCAUCCUUACCCUUGCUGAGGCGUCUAGGUUCCCUGGUAUGGCGUGGAAGCGAUUCGCAAUCGAUCAAGCGAAAGAGCUCAUGCGCGGCCUGAAUGACGCAUAUAUUCAAUCCUGCAUUGCCCAGCGAGAAUGUCUCGUGUACCGGACCACAGGAUUUAUGAAUGAAGCUACCAAUGUUAUCGAUAGUGCCCCCGGUCCAGGUCAGCUCCCGGUUGUUGCAAAAAAGAACGUGCAUGCUGGAUUUGGUCAGAGUGCCAUACAGAGCGCGUUGAACCAUAUCCAAGUUGACGAGCUCGCCAUGGCCACAGAUGUGCUAGAUGCGUGGCAACCGCUUGGUCGAAUACCGGCGGCAAUUGAGGAAGUUGUACUCUUUCGUAAACAUGUCAUUCUCGGGAAAGUUUUACGGUUUCAAGGCAAAUUCAGAGAAUCAUUGUUGAAUCUCGAGAAGUCAAAAAAUUUGGCAGACCGUUGCCAUAACCUCUUCUUUGACGAAGAUCGAUGCGAUCUUAUGUGUAAUCUCGCUGACACAAUACGAGAACUUGAACGCCCCGCGAACGCCGAACGUUGUCUUCGCACGGAAAUCGCACGACAAAAUCAGGUAUCUCGGCCGGAUCUUUUGAAACUGGCUCUGGCAGAAUGCCUAUUUGCUCAAGGACGAUAUGCGGAAGUGGAGACGAUCUGUUCAGAGGUCAAAUCCAAGCCAAACCUUCUGAAUAUGGAGAAGAUGCGCCUCGCCAUUACACGAGCAAAGGUAUUUCACAUCAACUCCGAUUGGGAGGGAGCGUUUCAGUGUUGGACAGAGGCAAUGCAAGCUGUCGAUAAAUUCACUUUGACAAAGGGCCAUACGACACGUACAAUUCUUCUCUCCAUCUGCGAUAUUUGCGCCGCCAGGGACAGCAUGAGCUGGAGCUCAAAUCCCGUGAUCAAUUGGCUACGCUUGAAAAACUGGCUGGGACGGGAGGGUCGCUGUAUUGGAUUGCGGGUUUACGUCACUGGUUAG